UCCUAUAUCUCCACUUGCUAUUAUUAUUAUUUAUUUUUUUUAAUUUUUUUUUUGCCGGGAGAAAUUAUAGCUGUUGCAGUUGUCACACCGAGUAAUAGGUCGAGAAUUUUGAGGGGAAAAAUGUAUCUACAAUUGAAUUGUUUUCUUGUGCAAUCUUACGAGGUUUCCUCUUUUGAGGGACGAAAUCUGGGCUGAGAAAAACCGGAAAAAAGUAAUGUUCGGAUGAUGAUAAGUUCAAUUUGCAGUUUCUUGGUUCUGAUAAAAUUGCAUUUGUAGAAGUCCAGUUAUUGAUGUUUUAAAGGUCUUUCUUGUAUCUGAUAAUAUACUCCAUGGAUAAUAUAGGUCGUUGACUCAUUAAAUUGGCUGGGAUUUUCUUCUUUAAUUUACUUUUAGUAACCUCAACUUUUUGUUAAUUUAGUAUAUUAUGAACUAGAUUGUGCUAAGGUAGAAUCAUUUCCAUGAUGUUCUCCUUUUCUUCUUCUUUUUAGCUAUGAUCAAAUUUUGGUGAAAUCAUAGGUGAACGCUGUUCACUUGAUGGUUGAAGUUUGACUGGGAGGAAUUAUAUAUAAUUUGACGUAUCGAUUGACAUCAAGAGACUGGUUGGAUGACUUGUUUUACUGUCUGUUUCAAACAAAAAGCUUCUUCCCCAGCAAAGCAAAACGUGGGUUUUAAAAAAGCAUGUGCCUGUAACAGAGCUUCGAAUGGAAAUUCAGAGAGGAAUACAGAAAAUUUAAGUGAGGAAAAUGUAAAACUGUACAGUUACAAAGAAUUACAACUUGCAACAGAAAACUUUAAUCCAAGAAAUAAGAUCGGUGAAGGAGGCUUUGGUUCUGUCUACAAGGGGAGGCUAAAGGAUGGCUCCUUGGCUGCUAUAAAGGUUCUUUCUGUCGAGUCAAAGCAGGGUGUCCGUGAGUUCUUAACAGAGAUAAUAACGAUAUCAGGCAUGGAACAUGAGAACCUGGUGAAGUUGUAUGGGUGCUGUGCAGAAAGGGACCAUAGAAUAUUGGUUUAUGGUUACGUAGAGAAUAAUAGCCUUUCUCAAACUCUCCUAGGUGAUGGUUAUAGUAACAUUCAGUUUAGCUGGAGAACACGGACUAAAAUUUGCAUAGGGGUGGCACGAGGGCUUGCAUUCCUCCACGAGGAAGUCCGACCUCAUAUUAUUCACAGAGAUAUCAAACCUAGCAAUAUUCUCCUCGGCAAAGACCUAACUGCAAAAAUCUCAGAUUUUGGUCUGGCUAAGCUUUUUCCAGAUAACUUGACUCAUAUUAGCACACGUGUAGCUGGCACAAUAGGUUAUUUGGCCCCUGAGUAUGCGAUGCAAGGCCAGUUGACGAGAAAAGCAGAUGUUUAUGGUUUCGGUGUUCUCCUGUUGGAAAUUGUCAGUGGAAGAUGCAACACAAAUAAGAGAUUGCCUGUUGAAGAACGUUAUCUUCUUGAAACGGCAUGGAAAUUAUACGAGAAAAGGGAGCUGGUUCAAUUGGUUGACAUGACACUUGAAGGCGACUUCGAUAUGGAUGAGGCUUGCAGAUAUUUAAAGAUUGGCCUUUUAUGCACCCAAGACAUGCCAAAAAGCCGUCCAGCCAUGUCUACCGUGUUGAAAUUGCUUACAGGCGAGAUGGACUUGCGCAAGAAGAAGAUAUCUAGACCAGCCAUACUCUCUGAAUUAACUGCUGUAAAUAGUAAUACAACAUCACCUGCCUGGGGAAAUCUAGAUAAGUCAUCUUCACAAAACAGAAGCACGACGUAUGCCACUAUGACUUUCACUUCAAUAUAUGAUCGAAGUAAUUGAGUUGAGAAGGUUAUGAUGGUGGCCAAAAAAAGCUUCUUGUUUUCUCGUUCAUUUACCUAUCUGAGUUGUGUACUGUCAUUUUAAGGCCACUGAAAUGAGAUUGAUUGUACAAGUUCUUGCAAAAAUUCUAAAAAUAAAAUAAUUUUUUUGGAGUCAAACCAAACCAAUUAUGUUGUUGGUAGAGAUUUGACAGGAGUGUUCACCUCUUUAUGAUUUUCUUGUACUAAAAGUAUAUAUUUUAAUGGACAAGAAUAGCGUCAAUUUUGAUUUGUA